AUGCCGUUGCCACGGAGAGCUUUGAUCGCUGUUACCAGCGCCAAUCCUCACUUCUACCCAGACGGGAAGAAGACUGGGUUGUUUUUCUCAGAAGCGUUGCACCCGUUUGAUGAGUUGCAGUCUGCCGGUUUCCACGUUGAUAUUGCUUCGGAAACUGGAACCUACGCUUAUGAUGAACAUUCGUUAGAGAAAAAGUUCCUGAGCCGAGAGGACGAGGAAGUUCUGCAUAACAAUAAUGAUCCGUUUAACAAGAAGCUGAACAGUCAGAUGUUCAAGGCUGGUGACCUAUCACCCCACGAGUACGGUUUAUUUUUUGCCGCCGGUGGACAUGGUGCUUGCUAUGAUUUCCCAAACGCCAAGCACCUGCAGGCUAUUGCAUCAGAUGUCUACGGCCGUGGUGGUGUCGUGGCUGCUGUGUGCCAUGGUCCUGCUAUCCUGGGAGGCAUUCAUGAUUCCAACGACGAGCCGAUUGUGAAGAACAAGACCGUGACCGGUUUUACCACUGAGGGCGAACUUGAGCUCAAAGUGAUCGAUCAAAUGAGGCAAGACAAAGUCCAUACGAUUGAGGACUGUAUGGGACCCACGGGCGCACGCUACGAAGCUCCACCGACUCCAUUCGAAAACUUCGAGAGAAUUGACGGGCGGCUCGUUACGGGAGCAAAUCCCGCAAGUGCAAGGGAUACUGCGAGAGAUGCCAUAAAAGUCGAUGCGCCAAUGCAAUUCCUGCUGCAGGAAAAUUCCUCUCAUUGA